GGGGUCUGUGGGGUCAUGGUGUGGUCUAUGGUCAUGUUAGACCCAUGGCUAUGGGGUCUUGUUGGGGUCCAUGGUCAUUGUGGGGACCAGACCGAGGGGAUCUUCAGGGUCCCUGGGGACAUUGACGAGGUGAACGCGCUGAAGCUCCAGGUGGAUCAAUGGAAGAUCCCGACCGGCCUCGAGGACCCACACGUACCAGCGUCCCUAUUGAAGCUGUGGUACCGGGAGCUGGAGGAGCCCCUGAUCCCCCCCGAGUUCUACGAUCGCUGUAUUUCCCACUAUGAGAAUCCCGACGCCGCCGUGGCCGUGGUGCAUUCGCUGCCCAGGAUCAACAAGAUGGUGCUGUGCUACCUCAUACGGUUCCUACAGGUCUUUGUCCAGCCGUCCAACGUGGCGGUGACGAAGAUGGACGUGAACAACCUGGCCCCACAUCCACCCCCAGCCCCACAUCAACUAUGGGGUCCCCAGCCCCACAUCCAGCCCCACAUAUUGCCCCAUAUCUUGAAGGUCUUUGUCCAACCCUCCAACAUGGCGGUGACCAAGAUGGACGUGAACAACCUGGCCCCAUAUCCACCCCAGCCCCACAUCCAGCCCCACAUCCAGCCCCAGCCCCACAUCCAUUCCAUCCCCAGGUCUUUGUCCAGCCGGAUCAAUGGCGUGACCAAGAUGGACGUGAACAACCUGGCCAUGGUGAUGGCCCCCAACUGCCUGCGCUGUCAGUCGGACGAUCCCCGGGUGAUCUUCGAGAACACCAGGAAGGAGAUGAGCUUCAUCAGGGUGCUCAUCCUGCACCUGGACACCGGCUUCAUGGAGGGGGUGCUAUAG